CCGCCCUUUCUCUCCGCCGCGUCCGUGCGGAGCAGCGGCGGCCGGCGCGGCCGCCGGGACCCGCCCCGCCGGCUCGCCGGGCACCUGCUCGGGGCGGAGCGGCGGCCGGAGGAGCGGCGGGAGCGGCGCCGCAGGCGCUUCAAGAAACUCAUAAACACGUGAGAGAAGAUGACAAGAUCUAGAUCAAGAUCACCACGAUGGAAACCAAGGUCCUUAUCUCCAGCUUUUAGAACUCCAGAGCACCAUAGGCAAAGGCAUACUCACAUUAAUUAUGACUGUGAAUAUAAAAGCUUUCGUAAGGACCCCAAAAAGUCUAUGCCUUGGAGAACAGAAGAUGAAAAGUAUGGACAAAGCAAUUCCAGGUUUGCACCUCAUGGAAAUAACCACCAGAGAAUAUAUGAACGUAGGUCACCUUCACCAAACAUGAAAAGAAUUCCCAUGGAAGAUGCUUACAGUUAUAAGCCCUACAGAACACAUUCAUCUGAAAGGACUGAAAGCAAUAGGAGAUGCCAGUUACCACCAAAAUACACAGAAAUGCCUUAUAAAGAGCAUGAUCGUCCGUUUUACCAGCACAAAAUGGAGGACAGAUACAUGUUUGAUCAUUACAAAGUCACUGGAAAUGAAAAAGGAAUGAAACCUUUUCAUAGACCAUUGGGGGGUUCAUGCAAACUAGAAAGAAAAUGGCAUGAAGAUGACUUGAGGCACCAGAGGUUACAUGAAGAGAAGUAUGGUCAGUCACCCAGAAGAGUUUCUGAUGAAUUUACGGCAAGGAGCUCUUUACAGAAGAGGUAUCCUGAAGAUCACGAUUACAGAGAAUAUGGGCACGCGUCUAAAAGGGCUAAGGAAAUGGAGAGGUAUGACGGUGGAGAUGUAGCGAGAAAUUCCAAGUGGAAGCAAGAACGUUCUUUUCCACCCUGCCAAGAAAAGGAGGAGCAAAGAUACCCGGGUGUGCAGUCCCACCGGUCGGCUGAGAGGGAGUACUUGGGGGGGUCUGUCCCAAAGAUAGCCUACGAGUACAGUCACAAGCGGCGCAGGCAUCCCGACGGGGAGAAGCCGUUUCCAGACGACAGGGCUCAGAAGUACGUGAAGCAGGAAGAGCAGAAGUACAGCUCUUCCAAGAGUGCCCGGAACAGCAAGGAGUUGGAUUACUUUAGUGGUGGCAGAGCGAGGCGGACUGAAGAACGGCACGUUGAAGAACCUGUUAAAUACAGUUCAAAGAAGGGCUGCAAUGCUUGUGUUAACUCCUCCAAAGCAGAUGCUGAGAUAAGAUCUUUUAAAAACAAACUGAAUGAAAGAGUAAGGAAAGAUGGGGAAUUGAGGAAAAAUGUAGAUUCCUCCAAUAGCCAGCGUGAUGCAAGUCAUACUGUUUCAGAUGUGAAAAUGUCAGAUGCCAACUGUAUGAGAGAACAUCUCACAGUCAAAGUGGAUAUGAAGAAAAUGGUGACCAAGUACAGGACUGCUUCUAGUCACACUUCAGAAAGACAGAUGUCCCAUGAUCUGGUUGCUGUUGGUAGAAAAAGUGAAAAUUUUCAUCCAGUGUUUGAGCACAUGGAAUCUGUAACACAAAACAUUGAGAAUGACCCAUCAAAAGAAUUUACUCAGGAAAUAAUCACAAUUAUUCAUCAAGUUAAAGCAAAUUAUUUUGCAUCUUCUGACAUAACUCUACAUGAGCGGUUCUCAAAAAUUCAGGAUAAAUCGAGUUCAAAUACAAAUGAAGUUAAAAUGCAUUUGGAUCCAGAAAUUCACAGGAGGAUUGACAUGUCUCUAGCAGAACUUCAGAACAAACGAGCUGUGCCAUCUGAAUCUCCCCAGAACAUUGUAAGAGUGUUAGAAGAUCCAAAUGAUCUACGGUAUGAUAUAGAAAGGAGAAGAAAAGAGAGAUUGAAGAAUGAAGAUGAGAGAGUGUUUCAUGUAGAUGAUGUAACUCCAAGGAGCCAGCAAAGCUGCAGUCUUUCAAAGUUACAAACAACUCAAGUUGAUGGUUUCCAAAAGCCUAUGAGGUUCAUUAAGCCACCUUUCAGGAAAUUUAUUGGGAGACCUCAGCUGAAUUCUUACUAUUCUUCAAGACCAAGUGACAUUUACCCCCACAGACACGUUAGAGGACACCUUGAAAAUGCAGGACCCAUCAGAAGACAUUUUAAGAGCAACUUUGCAGAUGGCCGUUUGCAAUCCCAUUAUAAAUCAGGCUUAGUGCAGAAGGGUUUAUAUAUUCAGGCUAAGUACCAGCGGUUACGUUCUUUUGGUGUAAGGGGAUUUGCCACUAAUAAAUUCAAAGAUGGAUUUUUGAGGAAAGAAAAGGGAAAUCUAAAUAUUGCAACAGAAACCUGAACUGAGCUGAGAUCCUGAAGUUGAAAGAUAAUACUGCAAAGGGAGCAUCUGUUCGGUUUUUGACAACUUUCUCAAGACUUAAAAUAGGAUAAAGGAACUAACGCUGUAACUUUCUUGAUUACAAAAUAACUUUAUUUUGAAUGCUGCAGAACUUUU